UACAUGGUGGUUCGUAAAAAUAUAAUUAAUCAAAGCCCACACUAUCCGUCUUAACACUAAGAUUGAACGUAACCGUCAUUAUGUUGUUCGCGGUACUGCUGCUGCUGAAUUCUGGAGUCCAGCCUUUAGUCCAUGGAUCCGGUCAUAUCACGAGCUCUUUUGCACGAUGGCCGUCAAAUCCGGCGGCCGCAGUUAACGACAGUGGCAUGUAUUCUGAACCAUUGGUAGAGAUACCGUAUGACAGAUAUUUUGAGCACGCUAUUCCAGAGUUCAAAACAUUUGUUGACGCCGCGACAACAAUCAAUCGAGCCACGAAAAACUGCAUCCGUUUUGUCCCGACAUACCCAUCAACUGCUAACAAACUUCGAAUGACCGCAAUCGACCCCGUUACUGGAGCUCUCUCUCCGGUUUGUCGAGGCCCUCUUGGUUACUUGGGUGGCAUCCAGCAUCUGGUGCUGGUAGGAACUUUUAGCAAUCCGGGCGCCGGUCGUGCCGGUUGCCUGCAAGAUCAGCGCGAUGUUACCCGUCUAUUACUCAACGCGCUGGGCGUAGUCAGUGAAUUUCAGCGUCCGGAUCGCGAUGUACCGAACAGUCCCCUGCGAUUUCUGGCCAAUUACGAUGAAAAGCUUCUGCACGCAGUGCGAGCCGACGGAAUGUUCCAUAAAAAAGCUGCAGCGGAAACUGUGGCUGUUUAUCCGGACACAUUCGAUAUACUGUCCGUCACGAUGGUGCAUCCAGGGCGGUACGCCAAGUCCGCCAGUGACGCAGUUUGUCAGCUGGCCCCUUCUGGGAAAACUGUCGGCACAGUGACGAAGCUCAGCAAAGGAGACUGCGAAGUGCUCAGUUACAUGUAUCAGUGUAACAUAACCUGCGAAUCAACAGAUUACGGAGCAGUUUACGGGGUACCGGGAUUUGACACGGAGGUAAUUUCGCAGAGUCACUUUUGCUGGCCUAACACAACAGGAUUCGUUAGCGAAGCCGCUGCUGUUGGAGAAAUUCAGGCAAAUUACACUGCGUGGCCGAAUAUGACAGUAUAUUAUGAAUUCACUCCCUCCAUUGACGUUUUGGCAACCCCGGUGAAUGGCACUCCGAAUAGUGCCCAGCUGACGUUAACACGUCCUAUCCGGACUGGCUUCCAAGCACUGGCGCGUCUCAUUGCAAGAGACGACAAUAAGUUACUUGCGGCCGAUGACAACACCAUCAACAUUAACUGUUGGCUACAAUUUCGCCUUACACCCAGCGCAGAUGGAGUAUCCGAACAGUUUUGUGGUGUGCCGGUCAAAAUCGGCACAACAGUGCCCGACCUACCCAACCCUUUCGUCAACAGAGAAUGCCGGCGAACCGGAAUUUACAACGUUGAAGUGCCCUGUGCAUCUGAAACCGGCCCCAUUCCAACCUCUUUUGACAUCAUUUCAAUCGAUUCGGUUUGUGACCCCGAUGGGACAGAAUCCGAGUUUGUUACGCAAACAUUAGUGGCUACUGCGUUGGACCUUAAUCCGGACACUUUCACUUUUCGAUUGAUAUUCAUCGACCCGAACGCCACUUCUCCUAUUGAGUUCGUAUUCAAAGCGCAUGUUAGCUGCGUUACGGGUAAAUUAUGGUAGUUACUGUAGGAUACAGGGAUUUUAACAGAGGUAUAUGUUGUACAAGUGCUAGGAUUUUUCUGGACGCUUUUCCGGAGGGAUUACAGAAUCCAGAUACCAGACUAUUACUCCACCACUGCGGUCAGUACCCCUUAGUUUUUUCAGAUUUUGGUGAUAUGGAUUCAGAUGAUGAUAGGUAAUUGGGCGUGGAUUGUCGUGUCCUUUGUCCUGAGCAUUCUGGGGAUUUUGAUCGCAGUGGCAAUAGCUUGAACAAAGCGAGCGAAGACAGUAAAGACUUUACAGUGUCAUUUACUAUAAAGGGGCAAUUACGACUAAACCUCGUAGUAAACCUUUGGUCUUAAGUAUAGUCUUCACAGAAUAACAGGCUGAAUGGGAAUAAACUAACGCUCAAAGAAAUGCACAAGGAACUUGGCCCAGAAUAUGACCAACACCGGGUUAAAGACGGCAUUUGAAGAUCGAACCAACCGUACUGGGACAAGGAGCUUAUGGAUUAGUUCUCAAAGCGAUACUUCUUCAGCAACGUACAACCAGCCAGCCGUUACAGUCAACGGAUGUGGCAGUGAAACGAGUGCUGCUCGGUUCGAAAGAAAACGAACGGCAACUUCUUCAUGAGAUUAAAAUGUUGCACAAAGCCAACACACAUCCCAAUGUGAUCGCUCUGUUGAGAAUCACUACCGACGGCGAGUUGCGGUUAAUUACUCAGCUGUGUGCUUACGGAUCCCUAGAUGUACAUUUACGCAAAGAGCGAGAGAUGCUAACCGAUCAGAGAGCACCGAUUGGCGCAAACAGGGAAUGGGAACCUAUGGAAUUUUUCGGUUUUAUCAGACAGAUCUGUAGUGGUAUGCAGCAUCUGGCCCUGCGGAAUAUUAUUCACAGAGAUUUAGCGGCUCGAAAUAUCCUUCUCGCUGAGAAUAAAAAUUUGAAAAUCUCCGAUUUUGGGGUGGCAAAGGAUGGACCGCAGUUUAAAGAAACCAAGCCGCUAAUUUGCUGUUUUUGCACUGUAUUGAGUUACAGUGUAUCAAGCCUUACACCUAUCUAUAAUCUGUACAUUAAUUCGAGACUGCUUUUAGAUUCGUCUGCCGGUUAGAUGGAUGGCUUUGGAAUCACUUUUGUCGGCCAAAUUUAGCCUAGCUAGCGACGUAUGGUCUUUUGGGGUGGUUAUGUGGGAGAUCUUCACUUGGUGCGAAGUCCCGUACCAGUCGUUGUUUUCGAUGAAGACAAAUGUUCCUGAAUUGAUUU